AUGGAUAAUCUCAACUCAGAUAUCUUUGCUCGGCGCUGGGACGCUCUUCUGGCAUGGCUUCAGGAUCAUGGAAUGCAUGUGGGCAAUGCAUUGCUUGUACGGCCCAAGAAAAGACCUGGUUCAGGAAAUGGUCUUUUCACGGUCGGCAAUGUUCCUCACUCCACUCCCCUUUUCACCCUUCCUGCGACGGCGAAGAUAAACAUAAAGACACUCUCGUCACAUUAUCCUGUCAAGACACAUCAUGACCUCCCACUAUCUGCGACGCAGCUUAUCUCACUCCACCUUUUUCUCCACCGCCCCUCGCCUGGCAGCGAAUCCUCUGACCCUCUUUUCGGACCCUACAUCUCAAUUUUGCCCAAAGAAUUCGAUAGCCAUCCCUUGACCUGGGUCGUUCGUCAAAAUCUUGGGAGGUGCUUCCUCAGUUCAUCAGAGAGAACCCUUCUAGGUUUCUUGCCUCCCAGUGUAGUUUCAAGUUUGAAGAAUCUUGAAAUGAAAUUUUACCACGAUCAGAGGAGGGUCUUUCAGUACAUUCAAGAGUUCCAAGAAAUUAAGCAACGAUCUAGUAUACCUCUUCAAAAUAACGAUGCAGCCGAAGCCUCCGUGGCGAGACAGUACCUCUGGGCAUGGCUCAACGUGAAUACUCGAUGCCUUUACGACCGCAUCGUCACGUCCAAACACGAUCCCGACAACAUCAGCCUCUGUCCUGUCUUCGACUUCGCCAAUCAUACAUGGAGGUCGUCGACAAUGCAGCCUCUUCCUUCAGAUGCAGAGAUCUGGAAUAGUAUCGCGCAGGGCAAUGGUUCCGAUCUCACCUGUGUGACGUGCGCCGUAGACGUCGCGGGAGACCAAGAGCUAUUCUUAACGUACGGCGCACAUCCUAACCGGACGCUUUUCGUAGAAUAUGGGUUCGUCAAUGAGGUUGAAGAUGCCGAUCUUGUCUCCGGGAAUUAUGCAGGGGAAGUGAAUCUGGACGAUAUUGUGGAAGAUCUGUUUUCAAGACGCGGAGCUGUAGGUGUGUGGAUGAAAGAUGUGUUGGAACAACGAGGAUACUGGGGUGAUUGGACGAUGCAUUCUGCUCCUCAACCGGCACACCCUUCGUACCGACUCACCACGGCACUUCGUCUCUAUGACACGAUCUCUGAGGACACGGUCGAGGUGCCAUCCGAUCCUGACAUAGCUCUCAAACCUUGGUAUGAUACAGUCUUAGGUCGAAGAGAGACCGUGUCGAUCGAGAACGAGGAGGCGUGGAGAUGCACGUUACUUUCGAUCUGCAAUACUGUGGAGAAGAGGGCAGAGGCAUCGAUGAAGAGCAUCACAGACACACCUAGCCCAAGAGACCCGACGGAGUGGUAUGAAUGGAUGUUAGAGAACGUUCGGGUGCUGUGGUGGGAAGAGAAGUCGGUUGCGAUCGCGGUGGCAGUCAGUGUACGGGAUGGGAUAGAAUUUUAG